CCCGCAUGGCGGAUCACGCACGUUGGAGCCUCUCCGCCUCCCGAGCGGCGCCGGCGGCGCGCGGCCGCUGGGCGGGGCCACCCGCGUGACGUCACGGCGCGGUGACGCCAUCGCUCCGUCGCCGCGCGCCCGGCGCCGCCAUGUUCAAGGUAAUUCGGCUGGGGGCCACCCCUGUAAGCCUGAGCUUGCUCUCUGUCCAGGUUUAUGCUGCUUCUUCAGAGAAGACUUCCAAAAAGGAGUUGCUGAAAAUUGAGGAGCUGUCACUGUACUCCUCCCCAGCUCGUGAGACUAAAUAUGUGGAGAAUCCCAAAACUGACUUGGAAGAGGGGGUUUCCCGUUUACGGCAUGUUAUGGAGCCAUAUACAGCCUGGUGUCAGGAUCUUUAUGCCAAAGCUAUGCCCACGUUAGAAAAAGCUGUUGAGCAUGGUAGAGAGGGCUAUGAAUUUCUCCAAAAACCCCCUGCUGGAUUUUAUCCAAGACUUGGUGUGAUAAGUUUUGCUGGAAUUAUUGGAUUGUUUCUUGCUAGAGGCUCAAAAAUAAAGAAAUUGGUGUAUCCUGUAGCUCUGAUGGGUAUUGGUACCUCCAUGUAUUACCCUCAGCAGGCGGCUGCUAUUGCAAAGGUUGCUGGCACACAGCUGUAUGACUGGAGUCUUCAAGGAUAUAUUGCUGUAGAAGCUCUUUGGAAGGAUAAUCCUAAGAAGAAGAAAUCAGGGGAAAAAGAUGAUAAGGGUGAUGCAGUGGGUGACAAGCCCCUGGAAGUCCAUGCUGCUUCAAAUAAAGAGCAAACCAAGAAGUAGAAUGCUACAUCACCUGGCAUCAAACAGCUUCCACGUGAGUCCUGUUGGGAACAAAAGAUGGAGAAAAUGAAGGCAGCGUUUUCUGGGCUCUCCAAGGCAGAAACUCCAGUUGAGAUACCAGUUCUGGCUUGGCCUCAGGGCUGUGUUCUAAACUCCUAUAGUUACAGUUUCUAGAAAAACAAAACAAAAACAUCCUCUUGACUUUUUAAUGAUGGUUUGGUUUCAUUGGAUAGAAAUUGCUCUGUAUUUGAGGAUUAUUACAAAUAAUUAUAAUGUAAUUUGACAUAAUUUAGGGCAAAAUGUCAGAUGUCUGCUCUGUUAUCAGUUGAUAAAGAAUGUCUCUUCUGAACAUGUUUUCUACUUGCUUCUCUUUGU